AUGCUGUUUGCGGAUGAUUUUGUCGGUAUGUCGGACACCCCUGAGGGACUGCAACUGCAAAUUGACGCGGCGAAGAAGUUUACUGAUAAGUGGAGAUUGUCUGCCAACAUUAAGAAGAGUGCCGUCAUGGAAUGCAACGAGAACAAGGAGGAAUC